UUCGACAAGUAACCAAGCAACCUACAACCCAAUCAACAUGUUCAAGUUGGCUGUCCUCGCCGCCGUUCUGGCUGUCGCUACCGCUGCUCCCGGUGGUCUUACUGGCAUCGUCGCCGACCAUGCAAUUGGACCCAUCCAGGCUCCUCUGGUCCUGGGCGCCGCUGUCGCCGCACCUGCCCACGCCGUGAUCGCUGCCCAGCCCGUCUCCCCCAUCGUCCGCACUCCCGCGAUCGUCACCAAGUCCGUCCUCACUGCCGCUCCCCUGCCCCUCCUCUCCGCCCACGGAGGUUUGCAUUAAAUGACGGAUUAUUCUAUCUUACCACCGCCAACUCACGACGAGACAGCCCCCUAGAAAAGCACACCACACCACCCCCACUCUUCCUGCGUAAAUCGUCCCCCUUUAAAAACAAAAAAAAAAAGAAACGAAGGAAAGACCAUAGCUCGAAGAACGAUGAAAAAGGAACCAAAAUUCACUUCCCCUGCUAUCCAAGCAUCAGGAUGACGUCCAGCCACCGGAUUCGCCACGUGCACGUCGCCGACAGCGAAGCAGCGCGAAGGACAUUCAGGAUAAUACGUCCACGACGCGAGUUCACGGUUUUGGAUCGCGUCCCAAUCGGCUAGUCUCUUUCCUUUAUGUGCAUUCGCGAAUUUUAGAUCAUCAAUGUAAUUCGGACAUUCGCAUCUCAAUCAUUUUGUACCAUCAUCCAGGACCCCUACCCCUUUGGCCA